AGGCUAGAUAGACAGACGUUAUCGCCCAUACCUGGUCAUAUAGGCAAAAAGAAUUAAUCACGAGAGUUGAUUUCUCAAAGACGUUCCUCCCCGGCCCGGGUCACGGCCUCCAACCGCAACCAUGUUGGAAGGAGUGGUUGCCAACCUGCUGAACCGCUUCCUGGGCAUGUAUGUGAAGAACUUCGAUGCCAAGCAACUCAAUAUCGGCAUUUGGUCUGGUGACGUGAAGCUGAGCAACUUGGAGCUGCGACGAGAGGCACUGGAUCAGCUACAUCUGCCUCUGAACGUCGUGGAGGGUCACCUGGGCCAGCUGACGUUGUCCAUACCAUGGUCGAAUCUACGGGGGAAGCCGGUCAAAGUCCACAUCGAGGAUGUUUUCCUCCUGGCCGCGCCGAAGGAGGAUGCGGACUACGAUCCUGAGGAGGAAGAACGCAGAGCACAUGCGAUCAAGAUAGAAAAGCUCGAGAGCGCAGAGUUGCUGAAGGAACGGAAUACGGACGGCAUGAGUCAGGAGGAGCAACAAAGAAACCAAAGCUUCACACAGAGUCUCAUCACCGCUGUCGUUGACAACCUGCAAGUCUCGAUUAAGAACGUACACUUCCGAUAUGAAGACUCGAUUGCCUCGCCCGGUCACCCCUUUGCGGCCGGUGUCACCCUGAAGGAGCUCAGCGCCGUCAGCACCGAUGGCAAUUGGGUCCCGACUUUUAUCCAGUCAACAUCGGGUACGACGCAUAAGCUGGCCGUUCUCGGCGCUCUUGCGGUCUACUGGAACACAGAUGCAGAGCUCUUUGGGACGGGACGUGGCUCGGACAUCGGUGCGGAAGCGCAAGGUCUCACCCAUGAAGAACUUAUAGAGAAGCUUAAGGCUACCGUGGACGGUGGCGACAAAGGCCAAUAUAUGCUCCGUCCGGUCAGCGGUCGCGCCGGUCUAGAGCUAGACAAGACUGGAAAGAUGGAUCGACCGAAGAUCAAAGCGCGCCUGCUGUUCGAUGAGCUGGGCUUCGUCCUCGACGACGAUCAAUAUCGAGACGCACUCAUGCUUGUCGAUUUGUUCCAUUACUUCAUCCGCCACCAGGAAUAUAAGAAGCUCCAACCGAAGGCUAGACCCAAGGAAGAUCCGCGCGCCUGGCUGAAAUUCGCGGGAAACGCUAUACUCAGCAAAAUCCACGACCGAAACAGACGUUGGACCUGGGACUACAUAAAAGAGCGCAGGGAUGAUCGUAUAGCCUACAUCAACCUCUUCAAGAAACGGAAAAGGGAAGAGCAAUUGACUCCCGAUGAAGCUAAAGAGUUAGAGAGGUUGGAAUGGAAGCUUAGCUACGAAGAUCUCCGAUUCUGGCGCUCUUUGGCUAGAAACCAGCUACGAAAAGAAAACGUCGGUGUGAAGAAACCUGCCAGGCAGCAGUCCUGGUCGGAGUGGAUAUGGGGUUCUAAGAAAGAGGAAGACGAGACUACCACCAUGACCGAGGAGCAGCGCCAGGAACUCUACAACGCCAUUGACUGGGACGAGAAAAAGGCACUCGCAGAGAGUGUGGAUGUCCCCAAGGACUGGGUCAAGGUACAGUUGAACUGGAGUCUCAGAGCCGGUAGCUUCACUCUAAAACGAGAUCCCCAUGGCCGAGCUGAGGAGAUCAUGAAACUCGUGUUCGACAAAUUGAAGGCGAGGGCCUUGCAGCGUCCUGAUUCCUAUCUAUUAGACGUGGACCUAGGAGGGUUGAGGGUCUACGAUGGAACUACGGAAGGCAGUCUCUUCCCGCAGAUCGUGAAGGUCAAAGAUUCUCUUCCGCAGCAGGAAGAGCAACCAUCAUCCGAACCUGACGAUCCGCGCCUACCGUCCGAAGAGAGCGACUCAGAAACCGAAGAAGACAACAGCUUGUUCCACCUUCGGUUGGAAAAGAACCCUCUGGAAAGCGAUGCCGAUUCGGCUGUUCAGGUCAAACUGAAGAGUAUCGAAGUAAUCUAUAACCCGAGGUUCCUGGUCGAGGUGGUCAAGUUCUUCAAACCCCCGGAAAGACAUAUGGAGUCCAUCGGAGCACUGCUGGACUCAGCGGGAGCUACUGUAGAGGAAAUUCGACAACAAACCCGCGCCAGUUUAGAGUUUGCUCUGGAAGAACACAAGACAAUCGACGCUCAUUUCGAUAUUCAAGCUCCGUUAGUCAUCGUUCCAGAGAGUAUAACCAAGGAAAGUUCGCUCUGCUUGAUUCUUGAUGCUGGUCACAUGAGCGUCACUAGCGAACUGGUCGACAGGCAAGCCAUCAAAGACAUCCAGGCUAAGCAAAGGAAACAGUACAAUGAAGAGGACUAUAAGCAGCUCGAAGGACUUAUGUACGACAAGUUCUUGCUUAAACUGGACUCCACUCAGGUUCUCAUCGGUCCCGGUAUUGAGGCCACCAAGGCCCAGCUGACUACGGAGGAUGACUCGAAGAAUCUGCACAUCAUGGAUCGUAUAAACAUGGAUUUUGUCUUGGAGCUCUGUAUUAUACCAAAAGCAACUGAGCUGACAAGGACGCGGGUUUCUGGCCAUCUUCCCGAGUUACAUGCUUCGAUAUCUGAUAAGAAGUAUAAGAAUCUAAUGAGACUGAUCGAUAUUGCCAUUCCACGAUUCGAGGAAGAAGGCGAGACAACAAGGCGCGAGACCGUGCAAACACCCCGCAAGAAGGCGCAAGAGGCAGUUGUCUCGACGGAUCGAGCACGAUCAGCUUCUCUGCAACCUUCCAACGAAAGGGAGCUGCCUGUUGUAGAUGAAGACUCUGAUGCCGAGGAGCCGACGAAUGAGCAGGAUAAUAAGCAGAUCAAUAAACCUAUCAACCUGCACCGAAGGAACUUCGAACUCAAAUUCACUGUCGGGAAGCUCCGCGGUUCCUUGUUCCGUGCUGAUCCCAGAGAAGAACAGGCUGAUCAAUUGCUGGUUGAGCUGGUCGCAGAAGGUUUUCAAUUGGACUAUUAUAUGCGAUCUUAUGAUAUGGUGGCUGAAGUAUUACUCAAGUCUUUGAGCGUGGAUGACUAUAUUGAAGAGAACCAGCCCCCUGAGUUCAAGCAGAUCAUCUCCUCCAAGGGAUUCAAUGCGGACGCGGACAAGGAUCUGUUCCAUCUCAAGUUCCUCAAAGUCAACCCUGAGUCGCCCGAGUUCGACUCCACGUUUGAUGGCAUAGCUAUGAAUCUUGACGUAUCGGUCUCGACAAUCAACCUCAUUGUCACCAGGAAAACGUUACUGACUCUCCUGGAUUUCGUUCUCCUGACCUUCACGAGUCCCGGACAACCGAAACAGGUCGAAGAGAGCCCCGACGAGACUUCUCUAGCGGAUACACGUGAAGAGAAAGAACAGUCUCAGCAGGUUGGAAAGAUGCGUAUCAAGGCUAACCUGAAGAGUAUUGCGCUGAUACUCAACAACGACGGCGUCAGAUUGGCUACGCUGAGUCUGAAUACUGCUGACGUAGGCAUCUUCAUAGCCGGUCCUGCAAUGAGAAUCCAAUCACGGAUCGGCAGUCUGACUUUGGUUGACGAUGUGAACAUGGGCGCUUCAGAGCAAUCUUCCAUUCGGAGACUGUUAACGAUAGAGGGAGAAGAUUUCGCGGAUUUCAAGUACCAGACGUUCGAUCCAGAUGCUGAAGACUACCCCGGCUAUAACUCUGAAGUAUUUUUGCGAUCUGGCUCUGUUAAGAUCAACUUUUUGGAGGAGCCUUAUCGGAAGAUCAUUAACUUCCUGGUCAAGUUCGGCAAGAUGCAGGCUAUCUUCAACGCAGCCCGUCAGGCUGCAGCAAAUCAAGCGAACCAGCUGCAGGAGAAUGCUUCGCGUAUGCGCUUCGAUAUCGUGGUCAAUACACCUAUCGUGGUGUUCCCGCGGGCCGUGAUGGAUGACCGUCCUCGGGAUACCAUUACCGCUCACUUAGGAGAAAUCUACGCGAGCAAUUCGUUUGUGCCGUUGGAUGAGGCCAAAGAUAGUCCCGCAGUCAAUAUGAUAUCUGCUGGUAUCCGCAAGAUACGUCUUACAUCCGAUUUCCAUUACGAUGGAGGAGAAAGCGAAGAGCUGGAAAUGAUCCAGCAGGUCAAUCUCGACUUCAGCAUUUGCUAUCUGGAACACCAGCCGAACCAACCACGCCCAGAUAUCGAAGUCGAAGGAACUAUGUCGCCAAUCAAUCUGAGAAUCUCACCGUCCCAGUUCAAGUUCCUGCUGGAGCUAUCCAAGACUAUUCCCGGGGCUUUCUCUUCCGAUAGCGACCAGCAGGAGCUCGAAGCCAUCGAAGCGCUUCCCUCCACGACCGCAGAGCCUGUCAAGGCAGCUGUGUCUAAGGCGACCAUGGAGAAAGCCGCUCCGUCGCAGCAGGGCCCAGAAACCGGUGAGGAUCAAGAGACAUGGGUACGACUAGAUAUGAUUUUCAACGUGGAUAGUAUUGGCUUGGAGCUUCUGGUCGAGAAGGAAAACCAGCCAAUCGGCCGUUUGGAGGAUUCCAGCUUAUCGAAGUUCUCGUUGAACGACACCAGAGUCAAACUACGGAUGCUGACGGAUGGCUCCUUGGAGUCUGAGCUGCUGAUACACUCAUUCUCGAUCCGUGACAGCCGCACUAAGGAUAACAACAAGUUCAGAAAAAUCAUGUCACUGAUCAACAAUGACGUGCAACAGCAAUUUAUGGCCAGCGUCUCGAUAUCUCCCGGACCCGAAAAGCAUCUCGUUGCUAUGCUUACUAUUGACAGCCCGCGGAUCAUCUUCGCGCUGGAUUACUUGUUCGCUUUACAGUCGUUCGCUAGUGCAGCGUUUGCAAGGGAGGAAGCAGUAGAAGUCGAAGAGAUCGAUGAGUCGCCAGAGGAAUCCGAUGCUGCGUCCAGUGUUGCUAGGACAAGCACAGAACGAUCGCCGCCUCCAUCUUCAAACGGCGAUAGUUCUACUAAGAACGGUCAAAUGACUGUUUCUUUCAGAGCGAACAUUGUCGAUGCUCAGCUGAUCCUCAUCGCGAACCCUGCUAUAUCGAACACUGAGGCCAUUGUUCUUGGCACGAAACAGGUCCUCUUCUCUCAGCAGAAUGUCUCUACUCUGCAGGUAAACAAGGUUGGCAUGUUCCUGUGCCGGAUGGACCGGUUCGAAACUAGCAGAUUGCGCAUACUCGACGACUUCACGGUCGAACUGUCCCUCGACAGUCGCUCUCAGGAAAGAUCUUCGAGCUUGACGAGUAUCGAUGUGCAUGUCGAGCCGCUCGUGCUGCGUCUUUCACUCCGGGAUAUUCUUAUUGCGAUCCAAAUCGUCAAUAAAGCUUCCGAGAUGACCAACCGCGCUCCUCAAACCACUGAUGAUGGUGAGCCGAAGAAGGUGAAAGAGAUCAAGGGGAGUAGCGCAAAGUCUACCAAGGGGGGUAAGCAGUCUGCGGAUGCCGUUUCCACGAAAAAUAAACGCAGUGGUAGCCAGUCUGCCAAUACAGCCGAGCAUAAAUUGCCCCUUCAACGUACAGGUGUCAUAAAAAGAGAGGAACUGUCCGCUCAAUUUGAUGGUAUCAGAGUUGUCCUGAUCGGCGACUUACACGAGCUGCCGCUGCUUGAUUGGAGUGUCAAGAAAUUCAAUGUAGACGUUCGAGACUGGUCCACCGCUAUGAAUGCCGAUACCAGCUUCGACACGUUUGUCAAUGUGUACAAUUUCUCGAAGUCGGCUUGGGAGCCAUUAAUCGAACCCUGGCAGCUUGGAUUCCACAUGGCGAAAGAUUUGCACCCGGAUGUUUUGUCCAUAGAGGCAUACUCUCACAAGACUAUGGAGCUUACGGUGACCACUGCCACAAUUGCUUUGGCAUCGAAGUCAUUCCAAUUCCUGUCGACCGACGAGGAUGUCCUUUCGAAGCCCAGAGGUGCCGACGCACCUUACAGAAUCCGCAACUACACCGGGUUCGACCUUCGAGUCUGGGCUGACGUCGGUAACGACGAAGGCGGACCAGCUGCUAAACUUACUGAUGGAGAAGAAUACCCUUGGAGAUUCGAGGAUGCGACUGCAAUGCGUGAAAAUCUCACGCCUGAAGGAAACGCUGGCCUGGUCGCCAUCAAGCUCGAAGGAAGUGGCUUCGACAGUGUCACUCGUAUUCCGGUCAUCAGGGAAGGCGAAACACUCUAUAACCUCAAACCAAAGAAAGAUAGGGUCUUGCACAAAUUGCUGGUAGAGGUCAAACUAGGGACUGAUAACGUUAAAUACAUCACCUUCCGCUCGCCACUCCUGGUUGAGAACAAUACACAGAUACCGGUUGAGAUGGGAGUGUACAGCCCUGAAGAAGGUCAUCUUCUGAAGAUUGAGAAGAUCCUACCGGGUGAUUCUCGACCUGCGCCCGUGGGAGCAGCUUAUAUGCACUCAGUCGUUGUCCGCCCUGAUCAAGGUUUUGGCUAUGACUGGUCAACUGAUCAGUUGUACUGGAAAGAGCUUUUGCGGCGUCCGACACGGACUCUGACCUGCCUGAGCGACAAUGGACAGCAAUCUCCACCAUUCUACUUCCAGAUGAAUGCCUCUUACGACAAAAAUGAGCCGCUUACCAGCAUCUAUCCUCACAUGAGAAUCCGAAUCUCUGCUCCCGUUGAGAUUCAGAAUCUGUUGCCUUACGACUUCAAAUACAGGAUCUAUGACAAAAACACGAGGAAAGACUGGACCAACUUCCUUCGCAAGGGUGGUGUUAGUCCUGUUCAUGUCGUCGAACUAUCACACCUGCUGCUGCUCAGCAUCGACCUACAGGAUACAGUCUUCAAACAGAGUGACUUUGCCAUAAUCAACGGCAACGCGCAAGAGUUCAGGAGGGAGCAUGUACUGUCACUAAAGGAUGAGAGAGGUAUCCAGCUGAGACUGAAAUUGCACUAUUUCAACGUGCCAGACAGCGGCGGUGCCUUCAAGGUUUCCAUAUAUAGUCCUUACCUCAUCCUAAACAGGACAGGACUAAGCAUGGAUAUUCAGUCUAAAGGCUUCCUCCAGUCUGCAAGGUCAGCGGCUGGUCAGGGUCUGAGAACAGAUGCCAGGAGUGGCGGUCGUUCUCUUCCCUACAUGUAUUCCUAUCCCACGGAUGACCCUAAGAACCGGUCAAUCCUGAAGAUCGGUGAUUCUGCAUGGAGCAAGCCGCAGAGUUUCGAUGCCAUUGGUAGUACCUUUGAAGUUGUCCUGCCAGCGGGAGCAGGCAGAUCCGAGUUCCAUGCUGGAGUUUCGGUCACUGAGGGCGAAGGCAAAUACAAACUGACGAAAGUUGUUACCAUCGCCCCUCGUUUCAUUCUUAAGAACAAACUCAGUGAGGAUCUGCUUGUUCGCGAACCUGGAUCGUCCAACGUCUUAGCGAUCAAGAGUGGCGAGCUUAUUCCUCUUCAUUUCUUGCGUCAAGUCCCCGAGAAGCAGUUGUGCUUGUGCUUCCCGGGAGUGAACAAUCAGUGGUCAUCUCCUUUCAAUAUCGCCGAUGUGGGAACGAUACAUGUGAAGCUUGCUAAAGCCAACCAGCGCCAGCGGCUUAUCAAAGCAGAGAUCAUCAUGGAGGCGGCUACACUGUUCCUCCACUUCAGCUUCGAAACCAAGCACUGGCCCUAUUCGAUGCGCAACGAAAGUGAUACAGAGUUCAUCUUCUACCAGGCCAACCCCAAUGUUGACGAGGAUGAGGAAGACAACGGCAGCGGCUGGCGGCCAAUCCGUUACCGCCUGCCACCUCGAAGCAUCAUGCCCUAUGCCUGGGAUUAUCCGGCUGCUAAGAAUAAAUCUCUGGUGCUGACGUGCAACGGCAAAGAGAGGCACGUCAAACUUGCUGAGAUCGGAAAUCUCAUUCCAAUGAGGAUACCUUCAGGUCCAAAUGGACCGCAGAAGAUCAUCGAUAUCAAUAUUGUGGCAGACGGUCCAACUCAGACGCUCGUCCUUUCCAACUUCAAGCCAUCAAAGAGCAUGUAUAGGCAGCAGAGUGCACAGGCGUCUCAAGCAAGUGUUUCCACUGGUUUCGAAGUCAAAGAGCUGAGCUCCGAUGUCAACUUCAAGGCUCAACUUCGCCUUGGAGGUAUUGGUAUAUCACUCAUCAACAAGAACAUGAAGGAGUUGCUGUACCUUACGUUCCGCGAUAUCGAGCUUAAGCUUCGAGAAUCACGACUCUACCAAACGCUCAACGCAGCGAUCAAGUGGAUACAGAUCGACAACCAGCUCUAUGGAGGUGUCUUCCCUAUCCUCCUGUAUCCUAGUGUGGUUCCUAAGACUGGAAAGGAGAUGGAAGCUCACCCGAUCUUCCAUGCCAUGGUCACCCGAGUGAAGGACGACUCGUACGGAGUGUUGUACAUCAAAUAUGCGACGGUGCUUCUGCAGCAGAUCACUCUUGAACUUGACGAAGACUUCGUAUUUGCUAUGCUCGACUUUCUCAAGGUUCCCGGGGCCUCCUGGGCUGAAGAACAGGAUGGAAAGCUAUGUGACGAGGAUCUUUCCAUUCCCGAGCCAAAGCAAGAGGAGAUGGGUCAAGAUGUGUACUUUGAGCUUCUCCAUCUGCAACCCAUGCAGCUGGAUAUCUCCUUCAUGCGCACAGAGCGUGUUAAUGUCGAGGAUACAAUGCAACCUUCGAACCCAUUGAUGUUUUUUGUCAACGUCAUGACGAUGUCUAUCGGCAAUGUGAAUGACGCCCCUAUCCGACUCAAUGCCCUGAUGCUGGAGAACGCGAGAGUCUCGAUCUCAAUGCUCGUCAGUAAUAUCCAGAGACAUUAUACCCAAGAGUUCCUCCGCCAGAUCCACGUUGUCCUCGGAUCCGCUGAUUUCCUUGGGAAUCCAGUUGGUCUAUUCAACACUGUCAGCUCUGGUGUCGCAGAUAUCUUCUACGAGCCGUACCAAGGACUGGUUAUGACAGACAGGCCUCAGGAAUUGGGAAUCGGCAUCGCUAAAGGUGCUUCCAGCUUUGUCAAGAAAUCAGUGUUCGGGUUUUCCGACAGUAUGGCCAAGUUCACUGGUAGCAUGUCGAAGGGUCUUGCAGCAGCCACACUAGACAAAGAAUUCCAAGACCAGAGACGAAUGUCCAAGUCGAGGAAUCGGCCGAAGCAUGCAUUGUACGGAAUCACUGCCGGAGGAAACGCAUUCGCUACAAGCUUGGCCAGUGGUAUUGGAGGCUUAGCACGUCACCCACUCGAAGGUGCAGAGAAAGAGGGCUUCCAAGGGUUCGUCAAGGGUGUCGGAAAAGGCUUCUUAGGGUUGGCAACCAAGCCGGCCAUUGGUGCAUUCGAUCUUGCUUCGAGUCUUGCUGAAGGUGUCCGAAACACUACUACGGUGUUUGAUCAGGAAGGUCUAGACCGAGUUCGGCUUACGCGUUUCAUCGCUUCCGAUGGCAUCGCACGACCAUACAGUCAGCGGGAGGCCCUUGGUCAGUUCUGGCUCAAGACUACCGAUGACGGCAAAUACUUCAAUGAGGAGUACAUCGCGCAUCUUGAGCUUCCAGGACGCGACAUGAUAGUCAUUUUGACAUACAACCGGAUCAUGCUCGUGCGGUCCAAAAAGCUCCGCACCGAAUGGGAGAUCAAGCUCACCGAUAUCCAAACCAUCUCGAAGGAGCGGACUGGUAUGAACAUUACACUCAAAGGAGGCGCCAAUGGGCCCUUCAUUCCUGUGCAAGACGAGAGUGCACGGAACUGGCUAUAUAGACAAAUUGCAAUUGCUGUCAAUGCUUUCAAUGAGAAGUAUAAUGCAAAGGGCUAAAGGACGGACCUCUGUUGGCUCUUCAACCCCUUCUUCUGUGAUGAUGUUAUGACAUGAUUAUUUCAGCACCUGCUGAUGCAUGCACUAUUUGGUGAACGUAUAAGAGAAAGCGCAGGCUUUGGGAUGCGACGAAUUUUUCAUGAAGUGGGAGGAGGAAAAUCAGUUUGAAUCGCAUAAUUGAUACAGAUCCGUCAUGUCAUAGUUUUUGGAUCAGUUAUGUUUCUUUUUGUCCUUCUUCCCGCGGUUUAUUAUUGUUGUUGAUAUCUUUUCUUUCCCGACUGAGUAGUAUUUAG